AAUCAGCGGGGCCGCCGUGGGCGUGUCCACUCGUCUCCGCGCUGUCUUUUUCGGUGUCGAGCGAAGCGUGGGGCUAACGCGGUGCGUGUGUCUGAGAGGAGCUGUGACUCAUCCUGCGAGAAUAACGACUUCUUCAGCUGAUUCAGAAUGGACUCCUCUUUGAGUGCAUCUCAAAUCCGCGAGAAGUUCAUCGACUUCUUCCGCCGCUAUGAGCACAAGUACGUCCACUCGUCGUCCACCAUCCCGCUGGACGACCCCACGCUGCUUUUUGCCAACGCCGGCAUGAACCAGUUCAAGCCCAUCUUCCUCAACACCAUCGACCCGUCCCACCCGAUGGCCAGGCUGCACCGCGCCGCCAACACCCAGAAGUGUAUCCGUGCCGGAGGUAAACACAACGACCUGGACGAUGUGGGCAAAGACGUCUACCACCACACCUUCUUCGAGAUGCUGGGCUCCUGGUCCUUUGGGGACUACUUUAAGCAACUGGCCUGUAAGAUGGCUUUGGAGCUGCUGACCCAGGAGUUUGGCAUUCCCAUCGAACGCCUGUAUGUCACCUACUUCGGGGGUAACGAGGACGCAGGGCUGGAGCCCGACCUGGAGUGCAAACAGAUCUGGAUCGACCUCGGGAUGGACGAGGCUCGCAUCCUGCCAGGCAGCAUGAAGGACAACUUCUGGGAGAUGGGAGACACCGGCCCCUGCGGCCCCUGCAGCGAGAUGCACUUCGACCGCAUCGGAGGGAGGGACGCCUCUCACCUGGUGAACAUGGACGACCCCAACGUCCUGGAGAUCUGGAACCUGGUGUUCAUCCAGUUCAACAGAGAGUCUGAGACGGAGCUGAAGCCGCUGCCUAAGAAGAGCAUCGACACAGGGAUGGGUCUGGAGCGCCUGGUGUCCGUCCUGCAGAACAAGAUGUCCAACUAUGACACCGACCUCUUCAUCCCGUACUUUGAAGCCAUUCAGAAGGGCACAGGUGCUCGACCUUACACCGGUAAAGUAGGCGCCGAGGACGCUGACGGCAUCGACAUGGCCUACCGCGUGCUGGCCGACCACGCCCGCACCAUCACCAUCGCCCUGUCAGACGGCGGUCGGCCUGACAACACAGGAAGAGGCUACGUGUUGAGGAGGAUCCUGCGUCGUGCAGUCCGUUAUUCCCACGAGAAGCUCGGAGCUCAGAGAGGCUUCUUCGCCUCCCUGGUGGACGUGGUGGUCGAUUCCCUGGGCGACGCGUUCCCGGAGUUGAGGAAAGACCCAGAUAUGGUGAAGGAUGUUAUUAAUGAGGAGGAAGUGCAGUUCCUCAAAACGCUCAGCAGGGGACGCCGUAUCCUCGACAGGAAGAUCAUGAGCCUCGGAGACUGCAAGACCAUCCCAGGUGACACCGCAUGGCUGCUGUACGACACGUACGGAUUCCCUCUGGACCUGACCUCCCUCAUCGCCGAGGAGAAAGGCAUGGCCGUGGACUUGGCCGCCUUCGAAGAGGAGAAAAAGGCAGCACAGCUGAAGUCCCAGGGUAAAGGCGCCGGAGACGAGGACCACAUCAUGUUGGACAUCUACGCCAUCGAAGAGCUGCGAAACAAAAACACACCGGCCACAGACGACUCCCCCAAAUACAAAUACACCUCGGAUGAAAACGGCAAAUACGAGUUCCAGCAGGUGACAGCCACCGUGCUGGCCCUUCGCCGUGACCGCGCCUUCUGCGAUGAAGUGACCACGGGUCAGGAGUGCGGCGUGGUGCUGGACCAAUCGUCCUUCUACGCCGAGCAGGGCGGGCAGACGUUCGACGAGGGCUACAUGCUCCGAGAGGACGACAGCACGGAGGACCGGAUGGAGUUCACAGUGAAGAACACGCAGGUCCGGGGAGGUUACGUUCUCCACGUGGGGACGGUUUACGGCACGCUGAAGGUCGGAGACCACGUCACCCUGCACGUAGACGAGGCCCGUCGCAGACUCGUCAUGAGCAACCACACCGCCACACACAUCUUGAACUUCGCCCUGCGGGGAGUCUUAGGCGAGGCGGACCAGAGGGGCUCUCUGGUCGCCGCAGACCGCCUGCGCUUUGACUUCACCGCUAAAGGCGCCCUGAGCACGGGGGAGGUCCGGCGGACCGAGGAGAUCGCCUGCGUCUUGAUCAGAGAAGCUAAGACCGUCUACGCCCUGGACGCCCCACUAGCACAAGCCAAGGCCAUUCAGGGCCUGCGCGCCGUAUUCGAUGAGACCUACCCGGACCCGGUCCGAGUCGUGUCUAUUGGUAUCCCCGUGGAGGAGCUGCUGAAGGACCCCGACAGCGCUGCCGGUUCUCUCACCUCCAUCGAGUUUUGUGGUGGAACCCAUCUGCAGAACUCGGGUCACGCCGCGCCGUUUGUCAUCGUCUCCGAGGAGGCCAUCGCUAAGGGCAUCCGCCGCAUUGUUGCUGUGACAGGAACAGAGGCCCAGAAGGCCCAGAGGAAAGCCGACUCUCUGCAUCAGUCUCUGUCUGCACUGGGAGACCGGGUAAAGCAGCAGACCGCUCCCAACAAGGACAUCCAGAAAGAGAUCGCAGACAUGACGGAGUCUAUAGGCACAGCUGUCAUCUCCCAGUGGCAGAAGGACGAGAUGAGGGAAACCCUGAAGGGCCUGAAGAAGAUCAUGGACGACCUGGACCGCUCCUACAAGGCCGACAUCCAGAAGAGAGUCCUGGAAAAGACCAGGGAGGUGAUUGAGAGCAACCCCAACCAGCCGCUGCUCGUCAUGGAGAUGGAGACCGGAGCGUCGUCUAAGGCGCUGAACGAAUCCCUGAAGCUGCUCAAGUCAAACUCACCUCAGACCGCCGCGAUGCUCUUCACCGUGGACCCCGAAGCCGGCAAGAUCACCUGCCUGUGUCAAGUCCCGCAGGAUGUCGUCAAACGUGGCCUGAAAGCCAGCGAGUGGGUCCAGGAGCUGUGCCCCCUGCUGGACGGCAAAAGCGGCGGCAAGGAAAUGUCCGCUCAAGCCACGGGCAGGAACACGCAGUGUCUGGAGGACGCGCUACAGAUGGCCAACGAGUUUGCACGACUUAAGCUGCAGGAGAACUAAGUGGAGAGGAGGAGUAAGAAGAGGAGGAGGAGGAGGAGAUGAAACUCCUGCCUUCAUGUCCUCCCCUCUCCUCUCUGUCUCUCUCUCUUCAUACGAUUAGAAAACAAAUAAAAUCUCGGGUUUCUCGCUCCCGCCAUGUUGACAGAUGACCACUGACACUCAGUAAAAUGAGCCACAUGUAUAUUUAUUUGGACAAAUAUAUAGGAAGAUCCUCUCGGCAGACGAUUUGUUUCGGCGUGUCCACUUAAUUAUUGCAUGCUCGUGUACAGAAGGAAAGAAAAAAGGGAUUGAUUGAUUGAGUUCGCCUCGUGCACGUACUGUACUGCUCCGAUGAAGCAACAAAAACUCCCAAAAACUGAUCCUGUGUCUGCGUUUCAUCUCACUGUGGUUCUCUUUACGCAAAGCGCUUUUUACUUUAAACUUCCCGUACCACUUCCUCACGAUUUAGGUGACACGCCGCGUCCAUGGCUCCGUCCAUCCGUGUGAGCGAGGGUUCUCUCCUGUGAUUGGUCCGGACAGUUGCGGUAGCUGUAUCAUAGCCUCGUUUUUUCCAAAUAACAAGCAGUUAACCUGACGUACGCGUCGACGGGGUUUAAUUAAGUAAAUUAAUAAUUCAUUAACUGUAUAAAACGAUCAUGGACCUGUCCGAUAAUUAAUCUGUGUAACUUCAUUUCGCUGACAUUUAAAUAUCGAUUGAAUGUUGAACACUGUCAUUUAUCAUUGUAGCUGUUCCAUGUCAGGCAAAUGUCACGUCAUGAGAAAGGAAUAAAUAUGACUGGUAAAUGCCA